GAGGUUGCAUCAACAAUUUGAAAGCUAUAAAGAACAAGUAAGAAAGAUAGGGGAAGAAGCCCGCCGUUACCAGGGAGAGCACAAGGAUGAUGCUCCAACAUGUGGAAUCUGUCAUAAAACAAAGUUUGCAGAUGGUUGUGGCCAUUUAUGCUCUUAUUGCCGGACCAAGUUUUGUGCUCGAUGUGGAGGUCGUGUCUCUCUGCGAUCAAACAAUGAGGACAAAGUGUACAGGAAUACUGUUCCUACUCAUUGUGGAUCACAUUCAGAAGUACCUGUAAGAGUUAUGUGGGUAUGCAAUUUAUGUCGAAAGCAACAAGAAAUCCUAACGAAAUCCGGAGCGUGGUUUUUUGGAAGUGGACCACAACCCUCGCCCAGCCAGGAUGGAACACUGAGUGAUACAGCAACUGGUGGAAGCUCAGAUGCACCAAGAGAGAAGAAAGCAAGACUUCAAGAGCGAUCAAGAUCACAGACUCCCUUAAGUACAGCAACUGCCUCAUCACAGGAAAUCUCUUCUGCCAGUGUGCAGCCUGACCGUAGGAAAGGAGCAGAAGUAUCACAGCCAGCUAUGGGCGUGGACCAAAAGCAAGUUUCAUCAAGGUCUAGAAGUGAACCUCCAAGAGAGAGGAAGAAGACAAUAUCAGUUUCAGACCAGAAUGGCAAAGGUUUAAAGAGUGAGCGUAAGCGUGUGCCAAAAUCCUCACUUCAGAAAGAAGGACCAGCAGAUGACAGGGAGCGUAAAGAACGGCAUGAAGGUAGAAGGCUGGAGAAAGGCAAGUCACAGGACUUGCCAGAGAAACUUGAGGAGGGCAAAGUGCCUGACGAUGAAACACAAAGGAAGGAAGAUGAAUAUCAUACCCGUUACAGGAGUGACCCCAAUCUGGCAAGAUACCCUGUAAAACCUCAUCCUGAGGAACAGCAGAUGCGCAUGCAUGCGAAAGUUUCUAAAGCACGGCACGAGAGAAGACACAGUGAUGUAGCUUUGGCACAUACAGAAAUGGAGGAAGCGGAGGUACCUGAGAAUAAAUUAGGAAAACGCUCACAAUUACAGGGAACUCAGGACAGAAAAUCUCUUGUGGAAACUCAGAGGUCGUACUCUAUAGACAGAACAGGUGAUGUAAGAAUUUCUGUUUCUAAACAAUUAACUAAUCAUAGCCCACCAACUCCCAGGCAUAGUCCAGUUCCUAUAGAACACGUAGAAUACAAGAACCACGAUUCCUUUAAAAAACAGAGCCGCCUUGAUCCUAGCUCUGCUAUUCUCAUGCGAAAAGCAAAGCGGGAGAAAAUGGAGACCAUGCUAAGGAAUGAUUCCCUUAGCUCUGACCAGUCGGAAUCAGUGCGGCCAUCCCCUCCAAAGCCUCAUAGAGCAAAAAGAGGCGGAAAGAAAAGGCAGAUGUCAGUUAGUAGCUCAGAGGAAGAAGGGGCAUCAACACCAGAAUAUACUAGCUGUGAAGAUGUGGAGAUAGAAAGUGAAAGUGUCAGUGAAAAAGGUGACUUGGAUUAUUACUGGCUGGAUCCUGCCACGUGGCACAGCAGGGAGACAUCCCCCAUUAGUUCGCAUCCCGUAACGUGGCAGCCUUCUAAAGAGGGAGAUCGCUUAAUUGGGCGUGUUAUUCUCAACAAGAGAACAACCAUGCCAAAAGAAUCAGGUGCAUUACUGGGGCUAAAAGUUGUCGGAGGAAAAAUGACAGAAUUAGGACGACUCGGUGCCUUCAUUACCAAAGUGAAGAAAGGUAGCUUGGCUGAUGUGGUGGGGCAUCUCAGAGCAGGGGAUGAAGUUCUAGAAUGGAAUGGUAAACCCUUGCCUGGAGCUACAAACGAAGAAGUUUACAACAUUAUUUUAGAAUCAAAAUCAGAACCUCAAGUUGAAAUUAUUGUUUCAAGGCCUAUUGG